GGUCAAAACACCCCGAGCCUAUAUGUUACACUAUACUAGUAUUGUAAACCCCGCCGCGACGAACCCCUCCUUCCAUCUCCAAAUCCCCCAGAAAAGCACAAGCAAUAACGAAGCAACCAGAACCUAAGUCCAACCUCACAAACGACACCAAACCGCCAUAAACACAUUGCUUCGCUCACUCCUCCUCCUCCCAAUCUCGCGACAAUCGCAAAGCAAAUCCUCAACCCCAACCAGCACAAACCCACGAACCGACGACCUGAAAAAUGCCCCCGCCAACCCCAGCUCGUCGCAUUGCGCAAAUCGUCCACCUCAAACCCGCCGCCGUCGCCGCGUACAAAGAAUGCCACGCCAACGUCUGGCCCGAGGUGCUGCGGCAGAUCCACGAGUGUCAUAUCCGGGAUUACUCGAUCUUCUUCGACAACGAGCGGACGCUGUUCGCGACGUUCAAGUAUAUCGGGGAGGACUACGAGGGGGAUAUGGCGCGGAUGCGGGCGAAUCCCAAGGUGCGCGAGUGGUGGGCGAUGACGGAUGGGAUGCAGGAGAGUCCGAUCCCUGGGGCUGUGGGCAGUGCUGAAGGGCCGGGGUGGUGGAAGGUGUUGGAUGAGGUUUUCUAUACGGAAUAGAUUGGGAGGGAAAAAGUUCAGCGAAGCAUCAUUAGUUCUUUAUGUAAGAUACAUGC